ACGACCAAUAACUUGGACAGGGAGGGAAGGGACCGAUUGGAAGACUGGACGUCUGCGGCCAACGAAUGAAUGCAUAUUGAAUCUCCUGUUUCUUUUGGUCAUCGUCUUCCUCCUUCCAACAGGUGGCUGCGAGCAGGCGCGUGUGUACACGAACGACAGGCGCACUUUGAGGGGGUGACGAGGGGACUGCGUCUCUCUCUCUCGCUCCGUCUCUUUCUCUCUCAGUCUCUGCGUCUCUCCCGCACUCCCUAACCAAAGUCCUCGGCGAGAGAGUCGUGAUCGAGCGCGGCGGUCCGGUGGCGCUUGCGGACGUGCGAAUCGCAAGUGUCGGGGGCAUGAUGAUGAUGAUGAGGAAGAGGAGACGGAGGUGCGCGUCCUCUUACGGAUAUAAUUGACAAAAAAAAAAAUUCCAGAGUGUUCCGGCUGAACGAAGUUCCCAUGUGCAACAUCAACGAGCAUCGAUCGGCAGCGGUCGGCGGGCGUUAGCAGAGGUCGACGCCGGGGCGGGGCCAUGUCCCAGUUGUACUACCGGCGCUCGGACAGCUCGUCGUACCGCGACCGCAUCCCGCUGAGGAUCGUGCGGGCCGAGUCGGAGCUGUCCACGCUGGAGAAGGCUUACCUGGGCGCCGUGGAGAAGGGCGACUACGCCAGCGUCAAGCAGGCCUUGCAGGAGGCGGAGAUCUACUUCAAGAUCAACAUCAACUGCAUCGACCCGCUGGGCCGCACGGCGUUGCUCAUCGCCAUCGAGAACGAGAACCUGGAGAUCAUCGAGCUGCUGCUGAGCUUCGGCGUCUACGUGGGCGACGCCCUGCUGCACGCCAUCUGCAAAGAGGUGGUGGGCGCCGUCGAGCUUUUGCUCAACCACAAGAAGCCGAGCGGCGGCGUGCAGGUUCCGCCCAUCCUGCUGGACAAGCAGUUCUCGGACUUCACGCCGGACAUCACGCCCGUCAUCCUGGCGGCGCACACCAACAACUACGAGAUCAUCAAGCUUCUGGUGCAGAAAGGCGUGUCCAUGCCGCAGCCGCACGAGGUACGCUGCAACUGCGUGGAGUGUGUGUCGAGCUCGGACGUGGACAGCCUGCGACACUCGCGCUCGCGCCUCAACAUCUACAAGGCGCUGUCCAGUCCCUCGCUCAUCGCCCUCUCCAGCGAGGACCCCUUCCUCACCGCCUUCAGGCUCAGCUGGGAGCUGCAAGAACUCAGCAAGGUAGAAAACGAGUUCAAGUCCGAGUACGAGGAGUUGUCUCAGCAGUGUAAAGAGUUUGCCAAAGACCUUCUGGACCAGACCAGAAGCUCCAGAGAGCUCGAGAUGAUCCUCAACUACAGAGACGAUGUCAACCUACUGGAGGAGGAAGGCAACGGAGACCUGGCCAGACUCAAGUUGGCCAUCAAAUACCACCAAAAAGAGUUUGUGGCGCAGCCAAACUGCCAGCAGCUGCUGGCGUCGCGUUGGUACGACGAGUUCCCGGGUUGGAGGCGACGCCACUGGGCCGGCAAGUUCCUGACGUGCGUCUUCAUCGGGCUGCUGUACCCGGCGUUCGCCGUGUGCUACCUCACGGCCCCCAAGAGUCGCUACGGCCUGUUCAUUCGCAAGCCCUUCAUCAAGUUCAUCUGCCACACGGCGUCCUACCUGACCUUCCUGUUCUUGCUCCUGCUCGCCUCGCAGCACAUCGUCACCACCGAGCAAGACCGUCAGGGCCCGGCGCCCACCACUGUGGAGUGGAUGAUCCUGCCCUGGGUGCUGGGCUUCAUCUGGGCCGAGAUCAAACAAAUGUGGGACGGAGGUUUCCAGGACUACGUUCACGACUGGUGGAACCUCAUGGACUUUGUCAUGAACUCUCUUUACCUGGCCACCAUCUCCCUCAAGAUCGUAGCCUAUACCAAGUACAGCGGCAAUAAACCCAGGAACCAGUGGGAGAUGUGGCACCCGACGCUGGUCGCCGAGGCCGUUUUCGCCAUCGCCAACAUUUUCAGCUCCCUGCGUCUCAUCUCGCUCUUCACGGCCAACUCCCACCUGGGACCCCUGCAGAUCUCCCUGGGGCGGAUGCUGCUGGAUAUCCUCAAGUUUCUCUUCAUCUACUGCCUGGUCCUGCUGGCCUUUGCCAACGGCUUGAACCAGCUGUACUUCUACUACGAAACCAAAGCCUCGGACGAGAAGGGCAGAUGUAAGGGCAUCAGAUGCGUGGAGCAGAAUAACGCCUUCUCCACGCUGUUCGAGACCCUGCAGUCUCUAUUCUGGUCCAUCUUCGGCCUGAUCAGCUUGUACGUGACCAACGUGGACGCCGACCACCAGUUCACCGAGUUUGUGGGCGCCACCAUGUUUGGCACGUACAACAUCAUCUCCCUGGUAGUGCUGCUCAACAUGCUCAUUGCCAUGAUGAACAACUCCUACCAGCACAUCGCGGACCACGCCGACAUCGAGUGGAAGUUCGCCAGGACCAAGCUUUGGAUGAGCUACUUUGAGGAGGGGGCCACCCUGCCGCCGCCCUUCAACAUCGUCCCCAGUCCCAAGUCCUUCUGGUACCUGGUUUGCUGGGUCAAAAUGCGAGCGUGCCGUGGAAACGGCGCCACCCGGCACGACACCAUCGGCACGCUGGGGAGGCGGGCUGCAGAGAACCUGAGAAUAAACCAUCAGUACCAGGAGGUGCUGAGGAACCUGGUGAAGCGCUAUGUGGCCGCUAUGAUCCGAGACGCCAAGACGGAGGAGGGCCUGACCGAAGAUAACUUUAAGGAGCUGAAACAGGACAUCUCCAGCUUCCGUUACGAGGUGAUGGGCAUGAUGAAGACGGGCCGACCGGUACCGCAAGUGGGCCGAGACGGCGGGCCCAUCGCCGCCGGCCCCCUCGCCGCCAGCCCCGGCAGCUUGUCAGAGUCAGUCCCGGCUCACCCCGACGUCUCUCUGGAGAUAGCGGCCCGCGCGCCAGUCAAAAGCGAGCGUUUCAAAGCGGCCGCCUCCCUCCUCCGACGGGUGGCCUCCGCCGCCCGGAACCCAGGAGCCCUUAACGGGCUCCCUAACGGCGCCGCCCCCUCGCCGAGCGACACUCGGAGCUCCGUCGACGAUUGCGGCGACUUCGCUCUCUUCCGCAAACGGCAUCAACGCGGGGCCUGCCGCCGCCGGGGGGGAGACGUCCGUCGGGCCGGGCCAGCGGAACUCAGCCGGAAAAUGUACUCUCUAUCGGAGGAGGCGGAAGAGGAAGAACGGUGCGGAACCGUUCCGGACGUCGGCGGAGCUAGCUCGACGCGCCGGGAAGACGAGAGCGUAGCCUGAACUUUGAGCGGUCCGCGUCCAACGUAAGCCACGAGGACGCCUCUGCGCUCGUCCGCGGGUUUCUUCCUUUGGCAAAAAUCUGCUGUUGUCAGUUGUCUUCUUUCUGAUUGGAACUGGACCGCUAUUGCGCACCUGUUUUUUUCACCCCAACCUUUAUUGAACCUGGCCACAUAUUACACAUGGAAAACCCUGGCACCUGGCUUACAAAAAUGUCUCAAAACAUUUCGGUCAGCAGGUCAAUUUGGUUCCUUCUUCCAUCGUUUUAAAAAAAAAAAGUUCUAAAAAAGUGAGAUUGGAUAUUUUCCGCAGCCUGAGGUGGGUAGUGAUGCGUUACAUUUACUUGAGUUCCUUUUUGAAGAAUAUGUUCUCUCCCAGUAUCAAUAGACCGUGGAAAACCAGCGAUAUAAUUGUUUUCAUUUCAAUUAGUAGGACAUAUUUUCGUCCACUAGAGGGCACUCAAGCUCUGUUUAGGUUUUCUAGACUGAAUUGGGUGAUUUUUAAGUGGGGGGUUUGUUGCCGAAUAUGGUCGUGUUAUAGGCUAUAGUGACACUAUAUAUAGAUGACAUUGUGCUGAGUAAAAAAUUGUUUAAAAAAAAUCAGCUUGAAAGCAGUUACUCACAAUGUUACUCUUGAGUAUUCUUUUCACCCAAUACUUUUUGACUCGUACGUGAGUACAAUUUUUGCACAACUACUCUUGACUUGAGUCAAAUUAUUUUGAAGUAACGCUACUCAUACAGUUUGGCUACUCUACCCACCUCUGCCCGCGACACACUGGCGCGCUGACCAAUCCAACAGCGUCCAGCUCUGCCCUUUUUAGCUAGGCAGGGCAAAGAGCGGCAAAACCAAAAGUCCGUCCGCUCUUCUCCGCUCCGAGACUCAGGGAGGCGCUGAAGUCUUUUCAAUGGGACGUGUGUGGCCUGUUGAUCCGUGCGGCGCGUGAGGACUUUCUGCCUUACUUCAGAGAUUUUGUGCACUUUACUGCUUUCUCCCUUACUGUUGUCGUGGUUUCUAUGCAACCAAAACAUCCAAGGCGGCGCUUUCAAUGCUGACCGCGGGAGGCGCUAUUUCCCGAGCCGGAAGCGAAAGAGAAUCAUUUGUUCAUUGGGACUCCUCACUUGUUUCAUGUUUUCAACUAGUGAAAAGUCAUUCAAUAAACGUGGAAAAUAAACUAAGUGAGGAAAAUAAAUAAGUCAAAAAGAAA